CCGCAUCUGAUCGAAAUCUUGUUCUUGAUAAAGUCAUAUCGUAAUGCCAGGCGGAAACAAGAUCACCGAAUCACAUGCGAGACGCAGCCGCCCCACGAUAUCAUGCCGAGAAUGCCACAGACGUAAACAAAAGUGCGAUCGUCGGCAACCAUGUGUGCAUUGCAUGAAACGCGGCAAAAGUGUAUGCUAUCGUCUCGGAUUGUGUCAAGUCGCUAACAACAUAGGAUGCUUGUCUUUACCAACUGAAUCAUGAUCGUGCGCAACCCGCCAAUCUUAGUCUUCAACAUGAGGAUCAGUCGAGUAUACCCACUAUCGCCUCACAAACUCACAAUGCAAUUGAGCUUUCCCCGCCAUCAACUGUCACCCAAGCUGCGAU